UGGGGUGGCUGCAGCGCGCGUUCAGAACGCAGGUGUUUCUGCUUUGCAAGGAGGAGAAAGGUGCAAACCGCACGCUCUUUGUUUGUCUCUGAUGCUGACCGGCGCCCCGGGGUUUCCAGGAAUUACACAGGACAGAGGGGAGUAAGUGGCAAGAAGGGGUCCCAGGGGUCCCAGGGGAGGUCGGGGCCCCGGGUUUCCCGCAAGAGACCUCUAGAGAAAGAGGAGACGAGCAGGCCAGGAGCGCAGAGGACCUCGUUGGAAUUCCCGUCGCUGCGCCUUCCACCUGGGGCAGCGGCGACAGGUGCGGACGGCGGGCGGGGCCGGCUCGCGGAUCAGCCCGCCCUCCCGCCUGCGGCCAAUGGGAGACAGCGAAGCCCGGACAGCAACCACGGGGAUCCGAGAUCCCAGCCAAUGGGGGCGCCCUUCGACGGGCGGGCGCCCUUUAAGAGGCGGCGGGGCGCGGCCCGGGAGCCCGAGCGCGCGGAGCAGCCACCCGGCCGGGCCAGCAUGUCCCUGCAGGCUGAUUUUGACAGGUUCGCAGAAGAUGUCAGGAAGCUGAAAUCAAGACCAGACGAUGAAGAACUCAAAGAACUGUAUGGGCUUUACAAACAAGCCAUAAUCGGAGACAUUAAUAUUGAGUGUCCAGGAGUGUUAGAUUUAAAAGGCAAGGCCAAAUGGGAAGCAUGGAACCUCCGAAAAGGAUUGUCGAAGGAAGACGCGAUGAGUGCCUACAUUUCUAAAGCAAAAGAGCUGAUAGAAAAGUAUGGAAUUUAGGAUUCUGCGUAUGAGAAACUUUUCUUUCUGAAGCUUUCACAGAGGUACCACGUCCUCACAUUCAGGGUGGAAGUACACGUUUAUGGAUCGUGUCUGUUUUUGCUAUUAGCAUGAACUGGAAUACUUAAAAUUAGGAGUACGCUGAAACUGCGUAGUUAAAUUGUACUUGCUUAACCUAGAUGACUGUGAAGGUUCUUUUAGAAAAAUAUUGCUCUGCUAGUGUGUAGACAAAGAUUUAACCAUUGUGUGUUCUCUUGGCUCCUCUGAUCUUCUCCAAUGAGCUUGUGUUACUGGUGUAAUAAAAACAAGGGAUUAAGAAUUAAUAGCAAGACUACUCUUUUGUUACACGUGUAGCUCUGGGCUCAGGCUGAUGCAGUGACACGCCUGGGUCCCGUCCUCACUGUGUGACCUACUUGCUGAGUGUCCUGGGGCCAGUUAUUUAGCCUUGCUAAGCCUCGUCUGUAGAGGAAAAAGAAUAAUAAUAUCACUCUCACCAGGUUGUUGUAAGAAUUCAAGGAGAUAACUGUACCCAUGCUACCCUCUUAAUAGAGCAAAUGCUAUAUAAAACAUAAUAAGCUGGAAAAUGUU